AUUCGUCACUCGCAUUUGACUCCACGCCUAGGAUAACCAUUGCCGCCGGGCACACGCCACACCUAGGACUCGACCCGUAUCAGUUUUUGGAUAGACCGGACUUGUGCAGCACCCCCUUUUUGGAAGUAUAGAAGAAUAUAGAAAUUCAUCAUGGCUCCCAAAGGCAAGGACCAGCCGAAGGAGAAGAAGGUGGCUGUUGACAAGACUUUUGGUAUGAAGAAUAAAAAAGGCGGCGCCGCCCAGAAACAAAUCAAACAAAUCCAACAAGCCUCCGCCAGCGCCAAAACCCCGGACCAGAAGCGCAAAGAAGCCGAGAAGCUACAACGCGAGAAGGAGAAGAAAGCCGCCGAGGAGGCCAAACGCGAAGCGGCAGAGCUCUUCAAACCCGUACAAGUACAGAAAGUACCCUUUGGCGUCGAUCCCAAGACGGUGUUGUGCCAGUUUUACAAGAAGGGGGCAUGCGACAAGGGCAAGAAGUGCAAGUUCUCGCAUGACUUGGCGGUGGAGCGGAAGAGCGAGAAGAAGAGUUUGUAUACGGAUAGUCGGGACAAGUCGAAGGAGGAGGAGGAGGAGGCGAAGAGGAAGGAUAAUAUGGAGGAUUGGGAUGAGGAGAAGUUGAAGAAGGUGAUUUUGAGUAAGAAGGGGAACCAGCGGACGACGACGGAUAAGGUGUGCAAGUACUUUAUUGAGGCGAUUGAGAAUCAAAAGUAUGGCUGGUUCUGGGUGUGUCCGAAUGGAGGGGAUAAGUGCAUGUAUAAGCACAGCUUGCCGCCUGGAUUCGUUAUCAAGACCAAGGAACAGCGGGCUGCGGAGAAGGCCCUCAUGGACAAAUCGCCGAUGGCGACUCUCACGCUGGAAGACUUCCUCGAGUCGGAGAGACACAAGCUCACCGGAACACUCACACCUGUCACGGAAGAGACAUUCGCCAAGUGGAAGAAGGAGCGUAUGGACAAGAAGGCUGCCGAGGAGCAGGCCAAGCAGAUGAAGGAUGCUACAGGCCGUGCCAUGUUCGAAAGGGGCGGAUGGGACAAGGACAGCGAGGACGAGAGCGACGACGAGGCUGGUGGCGCGUGGAAUCUGGAGGCGCUCAGAAGGGAGACGGAAGCUGCAAGGCUACGGAAAGAGGAGGAGAGGUUGGCGGCACAGAUGGGGGUCCCUGUCCCGUCCGCGUCUUGAGGUUACCUGCGGUUAAGCUUUGAGAGCGGUGGUUGAACGGAAAUUUCUUCAUGGAAGGGCCGAAACCUCCAAGGCCUAGGAAUAGGACUUGAGUGGCGCCCGACAGGACGUCAAUGUAGAGGAAGCAAAAAGACUGCGAAGGACACGAGGCGAUAAAAGCGGGCACAUGGCGGGCGUUGCAGCAUCAUAUUUCCCAGCGGCAUGCAUCCCACCAGUCGAUCCCACCCACAGCGGUGACAAGAUCCGGUGUUUGGCGUUGCUCCUUUUUGGAUACUGGGUUGGCGGUAUAUAUCAGCUUGGAUAGUAGCUCGAUGAUAGGGUAUGUGAACCAUUAUUAUAGGAAAAUGUUUGAUCGAUACAAC